AUGGGUGAACUCCCGACAGAGGCUGAGGGCACGACCCCGACCAGUGAAGAGGAAGCACCUGGUGAAUCGAUCACUACAAAAUCGCGUGAACCGAAUGCUCACGACAGAACGCCAAGACCGGGCCCAAGUGAAACUCCGAGCAGCUCGGAAUCAAUCGGAACAGAGAGUUCAACGAGUCCUGACCAAACCACUACUGCGACAAAGGGCACCACUGAAGCCACUACAACUCCAACCCCAAGAAAACCGAAUGCUCACGAUAGAAAUCCAAACAAUGAUCAAGAAGUUUCAACGAGCACUGAAUCGACUAUUGGAACAGAGCCAACAGGUGCAACAGGAUCAACUGAUGCACUCACAGAAAAGCCAUUGAUCCCCGAUAGUGAACCACGCGCGAAUGAGCAGGAACAGCCCAUCACAACAGAGAGUCCGCUUGAAGGAUCGACUACUGGAAUUGAUGUCACGGGCUCGACCACAACAAAACAGCCAUCAACAGAGCGUGAUGGUUUCGGGCCAGCGGAAGAGCCUCAAAUCGGGUCCGAUGGACAAGUGAUUCCCACAAAGAGUCCCGAAGAAGGUUUUGAAGUAACUGAGGAACCCAAAACAACUCCGACAAGUUCAACCAUAAGCGAUGUUGAGCCGAGAACCGGGGAGCCGCCUGAUCGAGUACCUGAUAGUCAACCGGUGGCCACAAGUUCUACUGAAGGAAGCACAACAGAUGAAUCAACAACGAAAGGUUUAGCAGAGAAGCCCGGAGAGCCGAAAAUUGGUCCAGAUGAUAGAACAGUGACUCCAUCCGAGAAGCCUGGCGGGAGUUCGGAGAGUACAUCAACCACAACAGCUUCUUCAACUGGAGGGCCAUCGAUUGGUGAAGAGACUUUUCGAAAAGGAGAACCCUUUUCACCAGAUAAAACUCCGACAACCGUGAGCCCAAACGAAGCAACUGGGGAAACUAGUACUUCAGCUUCUCAUCAAAAAGUGAUUCACAAAAACAAAAAGAUCACUGGUCCAAAUGGUGAAGAUUUAUUCGAGGAGUACACCGAAUAUGUGGAUGUGGAUGAUGAUGGGAAAAGAAAAGUGACAAGGAGGAAGAAAGUCCGCGGCAAAGAUGGGGAGGAUAAAUGGGAGGAGUGGACAGAAUAUGAAGACGAGAGUCAAUCAAAGGGAGAAACAAAAUCUUCUGGCAAUACUCGUAAAAAGAAGGUGACUCAUCGAAAGAAAACUCGAAAUGAAAAUGGGGAAGAUAAAUGGGAAGAAUGGACUGAAUAUGUUGAUGAGGAUCAGAUAAAAACUGGAACAACACAAGCUCCAGGUGGAAGCUCGCACCACAGAAAAGUCAUUCAUCACUCCACUGGAACAAAGACACCCGGCCAAAACGAGGAAUGGACUGAAUACUAUGAUGAGACAAGUGCAACAAAUGGAACCAAAGGUACGAAUAAACAAGUACACAAAGUAACACAUCUUGGGAAAAAUGGAGAGGAUCAAAUAGAAGAAACGGUAGAAUAUGUGGAUGAGAAUGGAAAUGUGAUCUCAAAGGGAACAACGGUGAAACCUGAACAGGAAACUGAAUCGACUACAACAAAGCAGCCAUCAACUGAAUUGACGGGAGAGCCUCAAAUUGGGCCAAAUGGAAAAGUGAUCCCUACAGAACCACCUAAGGCCUCGGAAAGCUCAACAAGUCCUACAACAGAAAAUGAGUCGACAACACUGUCAACAACAGGUGAAAGCGCCGCACCAACAAACCUCGAAGCAACAACAAAAGCUGGGAAGGAAAAGGAACCAGCUACAACUAUAGGAGAUGUUGUCACUUAUGAAGAGUACGACGAAUACGUAGAUCCAGAUGGAAAAGUCGUACACGGAAGAAAUAAAUCGGUAGAAUCCACAACAAUAUCGUCAACACAUAAACCAAUCCCUCUACCACCUGGAUUUUCAGCAGAUAAGCCAUUGAAUCCCGGACAAGAUGUGCCUCAUUUAACAACUGAUGUUGCAAAGGUGAUUGAAAAGAAACCGGAACCUGGGUCAAACAAAGAAGGUGAAGGCUUAUCGACUACAACACCAAGUAGUGAAAAAACAACUGGGAGUACUACUGGAGCCACAACAACAAUUGGAGAAACGAAAUCCACUUUAAUGACGCCAACUUCAAAAAGUUUACUUGGCUCCCAAACUGAAGGCUCCCAAACUGAAAGUUCGGAGACGUCAACAUCAGAAGGAUCAACAUCCGAAUCAACUACAACGAGUGACAAAGAAAAACCAACAACUGAAGCGACUCAAUCCACCACUUCCCCUUCCACUGAUCAACCAAAAUCUAAAGAACCAACAUCGACAAAAUUUCUCGAAGUCUAUAAUCACAUAGACGACUGUGUCCUCCCUUCGCUGGAAGUGGCGAAAGAGAUCGAUUACCCGGAAUUUGUCGAUGAAUUCAAGAAUAACAAGGAUAGGACAAUGGAUCGGAUGAAGAAAUGGGUGGAUGAUAAGAUUGAGGAGCAUAAGGAAGAUUUGAGGAACACUUCUGGGGAUUGCAACACCCAGUCCGGCUUACUGAAAGCGAAGUCGAUGAAAACGGCGAUGAAAUUGAUCGAAGACUCUUACGUUUUAACACAAAAACUUCGGGCACCAUGUGAAAAA